AUGUUCUCUUUGGCCCUACCUGCAUACUCUAAUCCUGCUCUGACAAAAGACAAGAAUAAACUCAUUCCAGUGAUUGCUGAGAACACAAAACACAAGAUACGUUGCAUGUUGUCUGCUGGUCUGUAUUAUGGUCAUGACUCACUGGUUCUCUCAGCUCUUGGCUGUGGAGCAUUUAGAAAUCCCACAACUCACAUGGCCCAGCUUUUCAAGGACGUAUUGUCCGAGGGCAGAUUUGCCAACAGAUACAAGCACAUUUCUUUUGCCAUCCUUGAUGAUCAUAAUGCAAGGGGGGAUGGGAAUUUCAAGCCCUUUCUUGAGGUAUUUGCUGACUGGACAUAA